GUCGAUUCGUGAUUUCCUCAAAUAGUACGAACAGUAAUCUCGUCGGGAUUGCCGUCAGUGCACGCGCCGCAGAACCCCGCGAAACAACUUUGUCUCCGCGGAAGCGAAAACAGCCCCGGACGCAAUUUAAAAAGUGCACACCGUGAUUACGCUGGGAGAAACGAGUUGUUUGACAACAGCAACAAGAUCAGAUCAUUACGAGAUCUCAGGAAAAAGGCCUCCUAAGUUUUCAAUUUUUAUCACUGGAACUGAACGUCGUAUGAACAAACUGUGAAUCAGAGAGAUGAAGGAUCUACCGGCGUAUAUGUUGAAUGACAUAAAGGUGUCCGAACCGUCGACGAGUGCCUCGAAUACUUCCAUAGAUUUCGACAGGCCGCAGUCGAAACGAAGCGUGUAUAGUAUAUGCGUUACUGCAAUCGAUGUCGUUAACCAUAUACUCAUUAUAUGCAUGACGGCGUUCAUUCUAUCCUACACGGCAAAGUCCUUCGAAGUUAUAGAUCUUCACGUCACCCUCUGCACGUUAGGGUACGUCCUACUGAUGUCAGAGGCCAUUGUCGUCCUGGCUGGUGAAAGCAUCUUGACGAACUUUCUGUCGCGUCGUGCCAAGAGCCACAUCCACUGGAUUCUCCAGGUCCUAGGGCUGAUCUGCAUCAUCGGUGGUGUGGCGGUGAUGUAUCGAGCGAAGAAGAACAUUCAUUUCAGCACUAUUCACGCGAAACUGGGUAUCGCCUCGUUGGCCAUCACGAUCUUCCUGACCAUCUGCGGUUACCCGGUCCUCGUCGCUGCGAAACUACGAAAAUUGAUCCGACCGGUGAUCAUCAAAUUCGGCCACAACUUGUUGGGCAUCGCCUGCUUCGUGAUUGGAAUGGCCUCGCAAUGUACCGGCCUUAAUUAUUCCACGAUGGAAGAAUACUACAAGGCUCGUCAUAGCCGGGUGGUUUCCAUAAUCGUCACUGCCCUCAUCACGAUACUCACGUUAAGGGGCGCCUUGGUGUCGCUCUCCAGACAGUUCGUGGCGAUGUUUAAAUAAUUGAGGAAAUUUAGAGAGAAGAAUUUUUAGAUUCGCGGUGGAUCGAGCAACGAUGACGUAAUGAUUAAGUAUUAGGUCGUCCUGUAAGUUCGUUCUGUAGGAUGAGGCAAUAUUUAACCGUUUGACUGCUAAGCAAUUCUUGCAAGAACGCGCGAAAACUGCGGGACAUAUUUUCACUUGAUGUUGUCAAAGACAUUGUCAAGACACACUGAAACUCGCAGCGGAAACGGUUAAUGAAAAAACUACAGAAAUUUUAUAGUGACUGUAUAAUGACGUCAGAAACGUAGGAAAAUAUUGUAAAACGAGAGAAAUUACGCUAAAGGGUAUCUCUCGUAUAUUAAUUCGAGUAACAGAAAAAUAAGUGGCAUGAAUUUAUGGGACGACCUAAUAUUAAUGACUGUGGCGCAGAGUCUAUGCUACUGUGGCUGUCUAGGGCGGGCCUAUUCUACUGCGGCUGUUAGCGCGUAGCCUGUGGUACUGUGGCUGUCUAGCGCGGGGCUAUUCUACUGCGGGCGCUCCACCGGCGCCACGGGAUACUCGCGCUCUUGUUCGGACUUUUCUUUUAAUAUCUCCUUAACGAAGCCUCGGACAAUAUUUUCGCUAAGGAAAAUACCUUGUUUCAAAUCACCUCCCGAACCACCCUUUUCAAGAACCUUCAAUAUUUUCGGGACACCCUGCAUUUAUAGUAAAAAAGGUUCCCCUUGUAGUGUAAUAUGAUCCUAAUCUUUUUUCUAACCUUAUUUUCCUAACCUUUUAAUAUGAUCCUAAGCUUUUUUUCCUCGGACCUCUUUCUCUUUCACUCUCUAUCCUUUUUUACACUCGAUUCAAAUCUACACUCGAGUCAAAUUUACAUUUCUAUGUAAAUAAACACAGAAUAGAAACCUCGACUGGA